CUUAGCAACGCGCCGCAAAGCGAAAGCCGGCGAGUGAAGAUUGUCCCCUACUCCGCGCCGUCCUCUCGCGAGACGCGUUGCGGGUAUGUGAUGAGGAAGCGCAUGGCGACUUCUCCGUGGAAGGUCUGUGUUUACUGCUAUAAUUUCAUCAAGACCCCUAUGUUCUAAGCUGGCGUUUGAAAACUGCUAACAAGAAACUAACAGGAUGAAUAAUAAAGUUGUUUAUUUGAUAAGGACAGUGAGAUACUGUGGUGGUUUCAGAUUUAGACCUACGACGACAUAUAUGUUGGGGACCAAUAAACGUAAGAGUGCCAUACAAAGUACGAACCUAAAGAAAGUCCUGGUAAAUAUUCCUCCUUCCUGGCUUGAAUCUCAUCUCCAGUUUCCACCUCAAGAGACACGUGACUUUAGUACAGAAGUUGCCAGUGUCAAUGAAGAGAGAGCUAGAAAGACUGAGGUACAUAAGGAAAGCUCUACGAAUGCUUUGGAUGGUAUAAAAGAGAUUGCAGGUGAUGAAAGGAAUUUGCAAAUGGAGGAUAAAAGUCAGGCCCAACUGUUCUUUGAUGCUCUUGAGACGUGCAAGACUCCCUGUGAUGUAUUAGACCUACUUACAAAGUUUGAUCAUUCCUGGAAGUUUAUUGCUUACAGUUUCACUGCAAUGUGGAGACUCAUCAAAAAGAUGCCUGCAUAUAGCCAGACUUCUGAAAAACAGCUGAUAUUUGAGCAUCCUGCCUUUGCUCCGGCAUGUCAGUAUCUGUUGGAGCAUACUGUGAACGCUUGGAGAGAGGACUUGGUGUACAGCCUGCAUGCUGCAUUUAAACUAGGAGUUCCCCAGAACUCGCUGCUAAUUCAGACCUUGUUGAGGGUCUGUCAGGAGCAUCUCAAUGAACUUAAUGACAAGUGUCUUUCGAUUCUGAUGUUUACCAUAAAAAGCAUGAAAAAAAGCAAGAAUAUAGAUGCCCUUCAGUUGGAAUUACAGAUGGUGAUGGAGCAACGGAUUCCAGAGAUCAGGAACAUUGAUCUUUUGCAAACCAUAAUGAAGCAUUUUGGAAAAGAUGCCCCAGGGUUUCUCAAAAAGGCAUUUGAGAAUAACGUUUUGGAAAAGUUGCAUUGUUUGACUUCAGAAAAUGCUCGAUGUAUGUUUAACACACUGGCUGUGGUGAAUUACACAUCUAUUCCAAUCCUAGAUAGCUGCAGUAAGAAAAUGGUUGCGACUAUCCAUGGUACUCAAUUUAAGCAGUUAAACCGUAUUCUGCUCGCUUGCUGUAUUCUCCACUACAAAAAUGUAGAAAUGUUUUCAGCCAUAGAAAGCUAUGUGACUUCAUUCAUCAAUAUGUGGAGCAUUGAACAGCUUAUUCUGUUUCUGUCUGCCUUUGAAAUUCUUCGCUUUCGACCCACUAAAUUGAUGGAUAUUGUGGCUGAGAAUGUGAUAAAGUAUCCUGAAUCCCUGAAUUUGAAGGAGCUUAUGAUAAUUUUUCGGGUGUAUUCACAUCUCAACUAUGUUCCCAAAUGCCAGGAUCAACAGUUCUUUGAGGCCCUCAGUUGCUCCUUGAGUACAUACCUCCCUGGGAUUUAUAAUGCAUCCUUGCUGCGAGCAGUGUAUUCAUUCUGCAUUCUAGGAUAUCAUCCUCAAGCUGCACUUAAUCACCUCAUGCAAAAGGAUGUCCUCAGUGACCUUCUAAAACCAGAUGAUCUUAACUUAAAAUUCAACGAAAUGAUGCUGCACGCAGUGUAUGUGUGUUUGAAAGUUGAUGGGCAUUCAUUCAGCAAGCCAGCAUUCGUAUUGCAGACGAAAUCCUCCUUCCCCAUAGCUAUGAAACCCAUCGAGGUUCAGGAGGUACUGCAGGCAAUUCUAGGAGAUAAGAGCAUGUUUCGCCAUAAAGUGCAGCUGGAACAUGGUUACAAGGCUGAGUUUGAAAUAAAACUGGAUGCAGAAAGAAAGAAGGUUCUCCCUGUAACAGAAACAGAUGACCCUGCAGAUUUAAAUGUUCAAAGAAUCAUUUUUCUCUAUACUUCUGAAUCUGAUUUUUGUUUGGACAUGUGUCCCCGAGGGACCCUGGCAAUGAAAAUGAGGCAUUUAAAAGCAUUGGGAUAUCGUGUGAUUCUGUUUUCUCAUCCAAAAUUCCAGAAAUUGGGGAAGGAGGAAGCAGUUGAGUUUUUGAAGGAAAAAAUUUAUUCAGCAGAUAAUUAAUCUGUAAAUUUAUUUUGGACAUAGAAAAACUAUUAAAAUGAAAGGAAAAUAUUCUAAGAAGAAAAAUGUCUGGUGACACAGCAGCCUGAAGACAUUUUUAAAUUCAACUCUUUGUAUUGGUUUGAACUCAGUAAUACAAGCAGAUACUUUCAAAGCAUAAAUGUAUUGUGAAAUAAUGUAGAAUAAACCUUUGAAACCAGUAA